GUUAAUAUAUUCAAAACGAGAUUGGACCUCCACAGUAUUACAAACUGCAAGGAUUAAUAUAGGGCGAUAGACCUCCUAUCCUUAAUACUGAAGACUGAAGAUAACCAUUCGAAACAAUUUGAUUGGCGGACAAUACACACAGUGCGUUACAGUAGCCAGCACCUCAAGGAUUUAGUAUAUAAUAAACGAUAGAUCGGAGAUACAUAAUAUGAAAAUCGGUUAUUUACGAAGUCUGAUUAUAGUGAAGCGUUUUAGUUCCUUAAUUUUAUACCUCAAUAUGGUACCCUAUUGAGCUACCAAAAACAACCAAUAAAGUAGGAAUAAAGGCGAACAAAAGGGUAGUAAAGGGGAAACGACAGUGAAACGCGCCAAAAUGCCUGCUUUUUUGCCUUUCCGGAGGGAUAUGAUGCGGAUUUCGCCUUUUGCAUCGCUGUUUCAAAUGUCGCCGAAUUGUCUACUCUUCGCAUAUAUACACGUCGAUUUAUCUGAUUUAUCUUCCACUUUCAGCACUUUGGCAUAAUUCAAAACGUCUCAUGUGUUCGUCUUUAUUCCCAGGUCACACUAGACGAAAACUGCAAUCCUUGCAAAAAAUGAUACAUGUUUAAAAAAAUUUAUUGAAAAGAAAAGGCGUAACAUUUUACAACAUUAUGAGUAGCUGGUAGAUGCUAGAGCAUAGGCAAUGAUGGAUAUAUUUAUGUGAUUGAGUAUUGGUGGUCUCUGUUAUCUAAAUUUUGAUAAAUUUUUCCUUCAGUCGGGUUCCAAAUUCAUUCUCAUUAGUGAGGAAUAUGUUGAAUCCAAACGAAGAUACUGAAUGGAACGAUAUUUUACGUCAGAAAGGGAUUUUACCACCGAAAAAGAUUGAACCUGAAGAAGAAAUCCCUCUACCUCCAGAUCCAAAAUCUAUUUUAGAUAAAUUGACAUCGGAUGAGUUAGAUGAGAAACUUGAUUUAUUGGAAGAUGGAGAGAUUGAUGAUGAAGAGGCUCGUUUUCUUGAAGAAUAUCGACGUAAACGCAUUGCGAUGAUGCAGGAGGUGGCAUCAAAAUCUCGUUUUGGUAAUGUACGGGAAGUCACCAAAGCUGACUGGACAACCGAAGUGACAAAUGCUGGUGAUACAUUUGUUGUAAUCCAUGUUGGAGAAAAAGGGCAUGGAUUAUGCAGUUUAAUUGACCAACAUUUUCGUAAAUUAGCACAAAAAUUUCCCACAGUGAAAUUUCUUCGUGGUGAAGCUAGCUUAUGUAUUCCAAAUUAUCCAACAAGCAACUUACCAUCAAUUCUUAUCUAUAAAUCUGGUGAUUUAAAAGAACAGUUAAUUGGUCCUGAAGCUGUUGGUGGAAAUACGGUCACUGUGAAAGAUGGAAGCUGGUCCGUCCUCUCUCACAGUUGGCUGUUGCUGAUGAUGUCCAACCUACGGGCAUGGAGUGUCUUAUGUAGACAACUAUUUAGAAAGACUUGUGCCUUUUUAUUGCUGGUUUUAGUAGUCCCCCGAGUUUCAACUUCGUACAGUUAAACUGUUUUUGUGUUCGUAUUGAGGAUUCUGACUUAGAUACUGGUUGACAGUCGUUUUGCGUUCUAUAUGUUAUUCAACUGUAGGAAUGCUUUCUUUGCUUUGCCAAUCCUCGCCUUUACGUCCGCAUCAAAUCCUCUUUGUUCAUCGAUGAUGCUACUCAGAUACGUGGGAGUUUCUACCUAUUCCCGAGUUUCUCCAUCAAGUGUGAUUGGGUUGGUGUUCUUCGUGAUGUGCUUGAUUAUCGUGCUUUUCCCUUGUGUACGUUGAGGUGUACUGAUGCAGAGGUUUCUGCUACACUGGUUGCAUUGACCUGCAUUUGUUCGUGUGUAUGGUAUGUGUUAUAGCGUUCGGUCUUCCUCGUCUGCACUAAUGGGACGCUACUUUGCCUUAGAUGAAUAUCUACACUAGAUACCUCCCAGUGUUUGUUUUACAGGACUUCAGCACAACUCAGAUCAAGAACACGUGAAUAGAACGUAAGUAUAUUUCUACACCAUAAGCCGACAGCAAUGCAGUAAUAAUACGGGUAAGAGAAUAUAUAACUCAUCUAACAAGUGCCAGAAUAUCUAUUGAUCUGACUAAGCAAAUAACCAAUUAUUAGCUUCCUCGCACAUACAUCAGUAUAGAGGAGUCAGGACAUCUGCGAAGUCCAUAUCUUCUAAUUGAUUCUGAGUUGUCCAUUGUAUUCCGCGCCUCCCCUCAGAUAUCGAGGUCUUCAUAAUCCAGUCAACCACCAGUAAAGGGAGAAAAGAAGCAGCCUUAUCUGACUCCGGUCCUUAGUUGGGGUGCGUCUAUCGGCUGUCCUUCUACACUUUAGUCCGUCGUAUGUACUCCUCAUGAUGUUUGGAAUCUCAGAUACACCAUAGUGUCGAAGAAGUUUCCAUAAUGUUCUCCUAUCCACAAUAUCAAACACCUACUCAUAAUCAAUGAAGUUGAUGUUUAGUGACGUGUUCCAUUCAGCUGAUUGUUUGGUGAUGAUUCGUAGUGUCGCGAUCGGGUCUGUGCACGACCGAUCCUUACGGAAUUUAGCCUGACAACCUCGAAGUUCGGUGUCUACUGAGUCUUUCGUCCGGUUCAACAACACUGUUGGAAUCUUUCCUGAUACUGAUAGCUGUGUGUGUGUUGGUGGUGACGUGAGUGACUAGAUCAUUUUGUGUAUCGUGAAAGGCUGAGCGGCCUAUGCAAUUCCGAGCUACUUUAGCGUCGUUAUGAUAAGAUUUUGGCUGUAUAAGGUUGGGUGUACAACGCAUCGGUGAGAGCAGUUUCGCUCUAUGGUUGUGAGACUUCGUCUUUUGAGGUCGAGGAUGUUCGUCAGUUCUGUUUAUUUGGUCAUCAUAGUUUCCUUAGAAUUACUGAUAUUUAGUAGUUACUCGUUCGUUGUUGAAAGCUACGACUGCUAAUGAUAAUCGAAAACACUCUUAUACUACUGUUUCAACGUUUCUAUUUAUCUCAUUGUUAUUGAAUUAAGCAAUAUUCAUUAUUUCGUUUUAACUAAAAUUUCUGUAGAUGAUUUUUAUUUUACAAAUGAUAUUAGUCUACAAUAUAUUCUAAUAACUCAUCCAAUCUUAUUUCCCUCUUCAUAUUUCGUGUUUUCUUUUUUCUUCACAGAAUUAGAAUGGCAUUUAGCCAAACUAGGCGUAUUAGAGUCGAAAUUAACUAAAGAUCCAUCGAAAAGAAUGAAUAUUAAACUGGCUCAUAGUAAUCGUAUCAAACAUAUAGGUGGUGAAUUGUCUGAUGACGAUGAGGAGGAUCAUGAGACUGACGAUGAUGAUAAUUAAAGAUAAUUUCAAAUAGAGCAAUUGAUAUGGUUUUCUUGGCUCAUGCUCAAAAUCUUGCAGUCUUCUUUCCUUUUCGCGCCAAAAUACUAUUUGUAUGUGUAUACUAAGUUAUUGUUUUUCAAGUAUUCUUUCUAUGUUUCCUACAUAUAUUGGGGUUUUCAAUUUUAACAAAUUAUGGAUUAAAUUCAUUCUGCCUUUAAAUUAGUUUGCUUAUAUUGAAUUGAAGUGCUUCGAAUAAUUAUAAUAGGAUUCUAAUCUCUCUGUUACUAUUAUGAAUUAUUGGUUGGUCUCUUUUUGCACAUGUGACGCCUUAGCAGAUAACCUCGAUAUUGACAUAAAGACAAGUAUUUUUAGCAGACUUGAGAAGUGUAUAUCAGCGGGAUUCAGGGUUCGUGUUUCACUUUAUACAUGACUCCUCGACGAUGUUCCAUGCACCCUAGCAUCGAUGUUCAGAUGGGACUCGAAUCGAAUGUUUUUAGCUCCAAACUCCUAACGACCUCUAACAUUUUGCAAAUCAUCACUUCAACUAUAGGGUUGGUAUUGAAUUCAUAAAAUUAAUUGACUGUGCAAGUUUCCUUGUUAAAUUUGUUCAUUAGAAAACAC